AUGCCUGCAGAGGAUCCGCGUCCGCAAGAGCAGCAACGAUAUGUUCAGCCAGUCGUUGGUACACAAAAACCAUACCAAUACAGUGCUACUCCAGUCGCAAGCAGACAGUGUGCUUCUCACCAGACGGGUGUAGAAGGACUUCAUUGCGGUAUCCAAGCUCCCGCUGUGAAUGUGCAGGCCGCGCGAACGACGCCGCGCACUCAGCAAGAGCAGUGGCUCAUCGAUGCACGACCAGAUCUCCAAGGGAUACCUGUUACGAUCGUACCAGCGAUUCCCGCGAAGCAAGGUACUAUCGGAACUGCCAUUGACCGCAAAGAUGAGAUGCUAGUACCACGCGAUGUGUGGCGCCUGCGCUCCCUGCCUUCCUACAAGCGUUAUAUCGCAUACCGCCAAAUGGCAGAGCUAGGACGUCAGAUGAGCGAGUAUGACCAAACUAGCAAAGAAAACCAGUCGCUAUGGAAGCGUAUCACAACCUUCGAAGCGAGCUUGAUUGAGGCCGAGGUGGAGUUUGCGAACAGACUCAAGCAAGAUACAGCUGAAACUAGGGCGAGGUGGGACCGGAUCGUAGCGGCUCAGGCAGUAACACAUCCCCUGGACAAGGUUUCGGUUCCUCCACACCCCGGCGAGCUCGAGGACUUCACGCCACACGAAGUCACCGGAAUGUACAAAUGCAACCACCAAUUUGAAACCGGGGCCUGCUGCACAGAAGGAGUCACAAAGGAAAGAAAGAGAGCCUCAAUCUCUAGGGAUAAAUCAGCGUGGAAACGAAAGGUGGAAAAAUUGGUCAAGAAGGGCGACUUGAAUAAGAGCCAUAUAACAUGGAAGACAGAACUGUCAUCCAAUAAGAAGGAAGACCCAAAGACGAAGAAUGCGGAAAAAGGGCGACCACAGAGUGAAAAGAAGGCGGAUGCCACCGCGAAGAAAGAAGCGAGAAAGGAACAGAGGAAAAAAUGGCGCGAGCAACCACACGAUGAGAUCGAUGCGGAAGGUGCGCCCGGAUCUAUCGUGGCACCAAAUCCGCUUGAACAGGACGAUUUGUUUACUUCUAAAGUUGAGUCUAAGCGUUCUUCAGAAGAACAGGCUGCGGCCGCUGAGUCCGCACGCCAAGAAAAAAUCGCAAAAGACUUGAAGAAGUACGGGUGGGAUCUCAAGCGCUGUAAGCGUAUGGAGGAUAUGAAGAAGUGGCCAACUUGGUCACGCUUCAAUGAAUAUUGGGCUGCAAAACGUCUUGAGGUUCAGCAAUUGCAGCUAUCCCCUGAACAGCACACUCUAUUGCAGGGCUGGGAACCGUCUGCCAUUCCAGACAAGAACCCAGCAUUUGUCAAGAAACUUGCCGAAGAUACGGUACACGUAGACGCGGGAGAGAGUGCUGAAGUCGAUGAUUCAAACUUGGACGAACUUUUUGAAGAUGGGAACGAGAAUGUCGAGCAAGAUGAUCCAGUAUUGGAUGAUCUGUUUGAGGACGGUAGCUUAGAGUUGUAA